AUGCAUAUCGGUUUUGGAAGUUUAACAGUAGUUGAAACUGGGCAGCGAAACUUCUCGCGUGUUCGAUUGUCUAAUCACAGAAUUUUUAACAAAAAUAAUUGGAUCACGUUUUUGAACAUGACCAAUCAUAGUCUCGGACAAUUUCGGGCUCUUCGGAUUGAGUCUAUAAUAUGGGCAAUUACGGACAUUUCGGAAAUUUGCAUGUUGGUCGAAACUAGUAUCGCCCGAAUUUCGGAUUCGGAUUAUGCGAAAUAUUUGGGGUUCUCCCUAUUUAAUGAAUCUACCGAUUUAAGGACAGUGCAAUUCGGUUAUCUACGUAUUUUAGAAUUGCAAACAAAUAAUACCGCUUGA